CCUGAGUUAGAGGAGGCCACUGCUUUCUGGAAAAAGACACUGGAAGGGUAGUUACUGAGUGUCUACAGUGUCUCCUACUCACAGCAAGAUGAGCUUGAGAGGAAAGAAGUCUAUCAAGGCCUGAAGCCUCCAAGCCAUCAACAACCCCAUGGCCUCUCAAGAAGUUGGUAAGGCAGAGCUGGGGACAGCCUCAGCAGGAAGCCCGGUGGAACCAGAGUUGGAGAAUAAUUCUGUCUACCAGUCCACUGAGAUAUCACAAAAUUGCCAGAAAGGUCAACUACAAGCCCUUGGGGUCAUCCAGAUCCUGAAUGGAGUGAUAAUUCUAGCUCUGGGUGUUUUUCUGGGUUCUUUACAAAACUUAUCCCAUCUCUUCAGGCACUUCUUUUUUUUUACCUUUUACACAGGCUACCCGCUAUGGGGCGCUGUAUUUUUUAUUAUUUCAGGAUCUAUAUCUGUUGCAGCUGGGAGAAAACCCACAAGAAAGUUGAUGCAAAACAGUUUUGGGAUGAACAUUGCCAGUGCUACAAUCGCACUAUUAGGGUUUAUUUUUCUCUCAAUAAAUUUAGCAUUUAACAGCCUGUCGUUCAAGAAUUGUCAGUCUACACUGUCACCAGAUUUAUGCAUUUAUAUGGGAGCCUCAUCAAACGGCCUUGUGUCUCUAAUGCUGAUCCUUACCUUGCUGGAAUUAUGCAUAACCAUCUCUGUCUCAGCCCUGUGGUGCAAAGCAAACUGCUGUAGUUCAAGAGAGGCAAUUUCCUUACCUUCCAAUUCUGUGGAAUCAUGAGCGCAUCCUUAUUAAAGUAAAUCCGAGCACAAGGAAAUUCAACCUCACAUUUCCAUGAGUUAGAGCUCCAUCCAAGAGACAAGAGAACAUGAGCCUAUGAAACCCAACCAUGAGAAACGUGGACAUUUGACUCAAUCUUUUCUGUCUUAACUAUAAAUGCCAUUCGUAUGUCUUGAUACAGAUGGACAAAUAUGUCUCUUUAGGCAAACUUGGCUUUGUAACUUCUAUGAUCACCACUUCAAAGUUGUCCCCACCUACAACAUUGCUUUAUAAGGUUUAAAGAGAGCAGGGAGAAUAAUCUCCUUCUCAUGUAUUCUCUCUCAAAUCCAACUUCCUUCUACCCAAUGAGAAGAAAAAUAAGUCAGAUGUGUGUUUUUUUUUAUUCCAGAAAAAUGCUUCUAGACUUUAGCUGACAUCAAUAUUGAAAAAACUGUCAAUUGAAAAAAAUCACAUCAUCAUCUUGAAGACAAAUUUGAACUGCAUUUAAGGUGGGAGGGUUAAGCCUGAAGAUUUUAUUUCUAUCAGUGCCUGAGAUGCAUUCCCACGUGCCCUGACACAGAAAUCAUGAUUUAGAUUGGGGACUUUGAGAGCAAGGUCAACAUUUAUUCUUCAAAGCAUGGUGAGAAACUGCAAAGCCGAGAAAUAAAGAAUAAGGGCUUUAAAGUCACAUGGAUCUGGGUUCAAAUUCUAAUACUGUGUUAAUUUGAGCACAGUACUUAACCUCUCUGACCUAUUUUUCCUCAUCUGUAAAAUAAGUAUAAUAGUAGCAAAUACUAUUUCAAUGGUUUUUAUGAGGGUGAAAUAAAAGUAAAGCUAACAGGAAAUAG